CAAAUAUCAAGGGAGUAUUAUAGAGCAUUACAUUGUGGAGCUGGGAGGUCAGCACACAGGACAGAGAACAGUGAAAGUGAAAUCUUCACUUACAAAGGAAUUUAAAAAUGUGGAAGAAAUCAAAAGUUACAGAUCAAACUGCCACAGAGCAGGGUGGUAUCAAAAGGAGAUCUAAGGUUCCUGGGGUUAUGAUUACACAGUAUGUGGAGGAACUGCCAGAGGGAAAAUCUACUCCUGAUUUUAAACGCAAACCCAUUGCUCUGACUAUUCAAGAAGGUAAAUUAGCCAUCUUUAAAGCCAUCGUGAUUGGAGAACCCAAACCCAUUGUGUCAUGGCAGAGAGCAAAAGGAGAUAUGAGUGAUCCAGAAAAGUUCCAGAACAAAUUUGACCCUAUAACUAAUGAACAUACUUUAGAGAUGCCUAAAGUUAGUGGUGAAGAAGCUGACACAUAUAAAUGUUUUGCUGCAAAUGAGUAUGGAAGGGCAGUCUGCACUGCUGUCUUAAAUGUGAUUGAAGUUGGAUUCAAAAAGAGUAAAGCAAUGAAAAAAACAGAAGAUUUGGAGGAUCUAGCAGAGUUCAGAAACAAGCUUCGGAGAAGUGCUGGCAAAAAGUUUGAAAAAAAGGAUGGAGAAAUUGAUGAGGCAGUAUGGGAUCUGUUACUGUCUGCUGACAAAAAAGACUAUGAGCGCAUUUGUAUUGAAUAUGGCAUUACUGAUUAUCGUGGAAUGCUAAAAAAAUUGACUGAACUAAAGAAACAGAGAGACCAAGAGCAGGCCUUGCUCAUUAAACACAUCAGUAAUCUGAAGCACAUUGAAGUGAAAUCAGAAGGUUCUGCAACUUUUGAGCUGGAGCUGGAACUGAAGGACCCCAACAGUCGCAUUUUUCUCUAUAAAAAUGGCAUCAUGGUUCCGUACAGCAAAGAUUUGAACAGUGAGAUGAAACACUAUUUGAAGCAAGUUGGAAAAAAGUAUGUGUUUACUGUGAGAAAUCUUAGUCCUGAGGAUGCUGGUAUUUAUCAAGUGGAUGUUGAGGGAAUCAAUAUAUUCUCAACAGAUUUUAAAAUUUCCCCUGUGGAUUUUCUGGUAAAGAUUCAGGAAGUGAAGGCUGAAGAAAGGGAAGAUGCAAUGUUUGAGUGUGUGACUUCCCUACCGAUGAACCAAAUAACAUGGACACUAAAAAAUAAUCCAUUAUCCCAUAGUAAUAAAUAUGAGAUUACCGUUUCUGAGGACAAACUGAUUCACCGUUUGAAAAUCAUUGACUGCAUGCCUGUAGAUGCUGGAAUCUAUACUGCUAUUGCUGGCAUAAAUUCAUGUAGUGCCUGGCUUCUGGUAGAGGCUGAUAAAGAUCCUGCUAUGAAAGGCAAAAAGGCAGCCCGUAAGACUACACAGGCGGGUGGCAGUGAAGCUGACCUGGCUAAAAUUGCUGCAGCUCAGCUAGAAAAAAACAAGAAGGAGAUUGAAGAUGCUCUAAACGCUGCAAAAAGAGCUAAGGUUGACCAAGAUGCUGCUGCAGGAAAAGCCAAAGCAGAAGCUGAAGCUGCACUGGCAGCAUCAAGGGCUGCUGCAGCUGCAAAAGAAGCAGCUGCUGUUCAAGCUGCUGAGGCUGCAUUUGCAGCAGCUAAAGCUAAAGGAAUGUCAGACAAAGAUGCCAAAGCUCAAGCUGAAGCAGCUGCUGCGGCAGCAGCAUCAAGGGCUCAAGCUGAAGCUGAAGCAAAUGCCAGAAAGAUGGCUGAGGCCAAGGCUAAGGAAGCAGGCUUGAGUGCCGAGGACAUUGCUAAGGCAGGAGCUGUUGCUGCUGCCAUGCUUAGUAAAAAUUUAGCUGCAAUAGAUGGACUUGGACUAGGUGGACCAGGCAUGGGUAGAACAAUGGGGGAAGCAGAAAGUACUUAUCUUAAAGGAGGUGCUGGUUCUGUAGGAAGUGCUGGUCAAGGUUUGGAUUUUGCUGAAAGUGCUGGUCUUGCAGAAAGUGCUGGUCUCACAGGAGGUUCUGGUGCUGCAAGAGGUUUUGGCCUUGCAGGAGGUUCUGGCCUUGCAGGAAGUUCUGGUGCUGCAGGAGGUUUUGGUGCUGCUGGAGGUUUUGGUUCAGCAGGAGGAUCUGGGGCUGCAUCAGGGUCUGGCCUUGCAGAAGGUUUUGGUGCUGCAGGAGGGUUUGGAGCUGCAGGAGGUUCUGGUCUUGCAAGAGGUUUUGGUGCAACAGAGGGUACUGGCCUUGCAGGAGGUCUUGGUCCUGCCGGAGGUUCUGGUGCUGCAGGAGGUUCUGGGGCUGCUGGAGGUUCUGGACUUGCAGGAGGUUUUGGCCUUGGAAGAGAUUCUAGUGCUGCAGCAGGCUCUGGCCUUGCAGAAGGUUUUGGUGCUGCAGGGGGUUCUGGAGCUUCAGGAGGUUCUGGUCUUACAAGAGGUUUUGGUGCAGCAGAAGGUACUGGCCUUGCAGGAGGUUUAGGCAUUGCAGGAGGUUUUGGUCCUGCCGGAGGUUCUUGCCUUGCAGGAGGUUCUGGUGCUGCAGCAGGUUCUGGAGCUGCAGGAGGUUCUGGAGCUGCAGCAGGUUCUGGCUUUGCAAGAGAAUCUGGUGCAGCAGGAGGUUCUGGCCUUGCAGGAGGUUUAGGCCUGGGUUCUAGUUUUGCAGGGGGUGCUGAUCCUGCACUAGGGUCUGGUCUUGCAGGAAGCAUUGGUGAUGCCAGUGGGGAUGUGGGCCAAGCAGGGUUUGAUGCCUUAUCAAAGAAUGGUGCUGAUGCUGAGUCUGUAUCUGGUGGUAAAUCUUGGAAGCAUGCAAGAACAGAAGAUGUAGUGGCUGACACUGUCAAAGUUGGAGGCAACCCAUAUGGUAACCCAAGCAGUAAGCCGGGUCAUAAUCCAAGUGGAAACCCAGGUCAUAAAUCAAGUGGAAACCUGGGUCAUAACCUAAGUGAUAACCCAGGUCAUAACCCAACUGGUAAUCCAGGUCACAAGCAAGGCAGUAACCCUGGUCAUAAUCCUAGUGGAAUCCCGGGUCAUAACCCAAGUGGAAACCCUGGUCAUAACCCAAGUGGAAACCCUGGUCAUAACCCAAGUGGAAACCCUGGUCAUAACCCAAGUCGAAACCUGGGUCAUAAUCCAAGUGGAAAUCCAGGAGAUAACCCAAGUGGUAAUCCAGUUGGUAAAACAAGUGAUAAUCCGGCUGCCAACCCAGGGGGCAAUGGUGUCAAACCCAAGGGCAGUGAGGGGGCACCACCUGGUGGAGAGGCCACUGAAAUCACCAAAGAUGAGUCAGCUGAGGCUGGCAAGCGUUCAGGCCACACAAAACAAGGUCCCCUGCUUCCCGAGGCAACCACUGAUGCUGGUGUUCACUUUUCUGCUGGCCUGGAAGACUGUAGAGCUAUUGUAGGAGAGUCAGCUGAGCUGGUCUGUAAACUCAGCAGUGCAACUUCUAAGGGGCUCUGGUACAAAGAUGGAAAAGAGAUUUCUGGUUCUACUGAGGGUAUGACCAUCAGCAAAGAUGGUGCUACUCAUAAACUGAAAAUCCACAAGGUAUCAGAAGAGUUUUCUGGAAAAUAUAAAUUCGAAGCUGAUGGCCGUAAAACAGAGGCUAUGAUUAUUGUUGAAGAUCCACCAAGAUUUGCUACAAAAGACCUUGAAGAGUUUGUCAAACCAAAAGUGGUGAAAAUAAAUCAGAAAGCUGAAUUCAAAAUACCAUAUAUUGGCCGUGAAGCCAAUAAAAUACAGUGGUAUAAAGAAGGAGAGGAACUUACACGAGAUGCAAACUGUAGGAUUGUUACUACUGAAGGCCACUGCCGUUUGUCUCUUAACAAAUUACAGCGCAAAGACACAGGGGAGAUUAAAAUCAAAAUAAAAAAUGAUUUUGGCACUGUUGAAGCAACUACUAAUCUGGUUGUUCUUGACAAACCCACUCCACCUCUUGGACCUCUGGAGAUAAUUGAAGCUUCCCCAAAAUGCAUUGAGUUUAAAUGGCGCCCACCAAAAGAUGAUGGAAGCUGCCCAAUUACUCAUUAUUUUCUUGAGCGUAAUCAAAUUGGACGCAACACUUGGAAGAAGAUAGGGCAGAUUCCUGGGGAGCCCCAUUACAAAGACACAGAUGUUGAACAUGGUAAAAGGUAUUGCUACCGCAUUAUAGCUGAAAACUCAGAGGGUAUCAGUGAGUUAAUGGAGACAGAAGAUGUACAAGCUGGCACUAAAUCAUAUUGUGGUCCACCAUCUGCUCCUAAAGUGGUCAGUGCCUUCAAGGACUGCAUCACCUUGUCAUGGAUCCCUCCAACCAGCACUGGAGGAACUGAUAUUUUGGGUUAUAAUCUUGAAAAACGCAAAAAAGGCAGCAAUGUGUGGAACCUUGUUCAUCCACCGGAGGAACCAAUUAGAACCAAGAAGUAUGAUUGUAAAGAUGUUAUUGAAGGCAUUGAGUAUGAGUUUCGAGUUUCUGCUGUCAACACAUCUGGACCUGGUGAACCUAGUGCAUCAUCAGAGGUUGUGGCUGCUAGAGAUCCUAAAACACCCCCUGGUAAAGUGAUUGAUUUAAAAUUGACAGGCUCUACAUAUAACACUUUGACCCUAUCUUGGACGAAACCAAAAGCGGAAAAACACAACGAAGCAAAAGGAUAUUUUGUUGAAAUUAGACCUGCAGAGAGCACAGAAUGGAAUCGCUGCAAUACCAGUGCUAUUAUUAUGAACACCUACACUGUAAAGGGACUAAAACCAUUGGCCAUGUACUGGGUGAGAGUGAUAGCUGUGAAUGAAGGAGGGGCAGGAGAACCUACGCAGAUAAAUAAAUACGUAAUAGCUAUGCCUCCUCCUGUGAGGCCAAAAUUUAGGGAUUCCAAAAUAAAAAGCUGCAUGAUAGUCAAAGCUGGAAACUCAGGACGAUUUAAUAUUAACUUUGUUGCAUCUCCAUAUCCUGAGGUCAUUUGGCUUAAGGAUGGCAUUCCUGUCUCCAAACGUGUCACUGUUAGCCAUACUGAAGAAGGCUCUCAGAUCCUAAUUCCAUCAGCUGAGCGGGCUGACAGUGGAAUCUACAGCAUUGUAGUAAAGAAUAUUGUUGGCCAAGAGACCUUCAGUAUUGAGAUUAGAGUCACAGAUGAGCCUAAGCCUCCAGGGCCUGUGGAACUCGAAAUGAAUGUACCAGGGACUGUGACAAUCUCUUGGGUGGCCUCACCUGAUGAGAAACGAGAUGAUCGUCUACACUACAUGGUUACUAAGAAGGACUCUGUUAAACAAACCUGGCACACAGUGGCUGAUCGCAUCUUCAACAACAAGUUCACAGCCUGCAACAUCUUGCCAGGAAGAGAGUACCUGUUCCGUGUCUAUGCCAAAAAUGACAUGGGAGUAUCUGUUCCCUCUGAAUCACCGAAGUGGCUAAUUACUGAGAAAAAAGAGAAGUACAUUUUAACUCUGCACGAGACAAAACCUUGCAACCUGGAGGGGCCUCCUAAAUUCUUAGUGCCCCUGAAACAGCAUGCUGCUCCAGAGGGCUAUGAGUGCUACUUAAACUGUGCUGUGAGAGGCAAUCCAUCCCCACGUGUCACAUGGUACCACAACAAUGUCAAUAUCCACACGGACAGCAACUACUACAUCACCAACACAUGUGGUGUCUGCUCCAUGCUCAUCUUGAGGGUGGCUACCAAAGACACAGGAGAGUACAAGGUCAUUGCAGAAAAUCCAUUAGGGAGAACAGAGUGCUCCACCAGGCUGACAGUCAGAGAAUAAAGCCAAAACUGGACAAAGAGAAAAAAAAAAAGAAUUCUUCAUCAAGUCUUAUAUUUAUAUAUAUAAAAAAUUAUUUUUAGGUCAGCUGACUGUAGAAGUAACGAAUAUAAUUCAUACAUUCACAACAUUUUCCUUUAAGCCAAGAAAUGGAAUAAAUACAAUAUUAAAGUUGAUGAAGUGGCAUAUAAGUUAUUUACUGUAGGUUACUUAAAGUAACUGAAAUUCUUUGUAGUAUCAUGAGUGACUUGUGCGUGAGCCAGUAUCCAAUUAAUGUUUUAUAUAACAUGUUCCUGCUUGUUAUUAUGGUCAAAAACAUAUAUUCAUACUACUGGUAUGUACUCUUUCAGAGUAAUGCAUUGCCACUAAUACAUGUGCAAUAAAAUUCAGACAA